AUGGCCCUGGCCACUUUCCACAGUAUUUCCCUGGCCAACAAUGCUUGCCUGGCUGCUUGUCAUAGUAUUUCCCUGGCCAACAAUGCUUGCCUGGCCCUGGCCACUUUCCACAGUAUUUCCCUGGCCAACAAUGCUUGCCUGGCUGCUUGUCAUAGUAUUUCCCUGGCCAGCAAUGCUUGCCUGGCCCUGGCCGAUUGCCAUAGUAUUUCCCUGGCCAACAAUGCUUCCCUGGCCGUUUGCCGUAGUAUUUCCCUGGCCAGCAAUGCUUGCCUGGCCCUGGCCGAUUGCCAUUGUAUUUCCCUGGCCAGCAAUGCUUCCCUGGCCCUGGCCGCUUCCCAUACCACUUCCCUGGCCGUGGCCACUUCCCCUACCACGUCCCUGGCCAACAAUGCUUGCCUGGCCCUGGCCAUUUGCCGUAGUAUUUCCCUGGCCAACAAUGCUUGCCUGGCCGCUUGCCAUAGUAUUUUCCUGGCCAGCAAUGCUUCCCUGGCCGCUUCCCUGGCCAACACCGCUUCCCAGGCCAACAAUGCUUCCCAUACCGCUUCCCUGGCCCUGACCACUUUCCACAGUAUUUCCCUGGACAGCAAUGCUUGCCUGGCCCUGGCCGAUUGCCAUCGUAUUUCCCUGGCCAGCAAUGCUUCCCUGGCCACUUCCCAUACCACGUCCCCGGCCAACAAUGCUUGCCUGGCCGUUUGCCGUAGUAUUUCCCUGGCCAACAAUGCUUGCCUGGCCGCUUGCCACAGUUUUUCCCUGGCCAACACUGCUUUCCUGGCCUUGGCCGCUUCCCACAAUAUUUCCCUUGCCAACAAUGCUUGCCUGGCCCCUUUCCAUAGUAUUUCCCUGGCUAGCAAUGCUUCCCUGGCCCUGGCCGCUUCCCAUACCACGUCCCUGGCCAACAAUGCUUGCCUGGCCCUGGCCACUUCCCAUACCGCUUCCCUGGCCCUGGCGGCUUCCCAUACCGCUUCCCUGGCCCUGGCCGCUUCCCACAAUACUUCCCUGGCCAACAAUGCUUGCCUGGCCACUUUCCACAGUAUUUCCCUGGCCAGCAAUGCUUGCCUGGCCGAUUGCCAUAGUAUUUCCCUGGCCAGCAAUGCUUCCCUGGCCCUGGCCGCUUCCCAUACCACUUCCCUGGCUGUGGCCACUUCCCAUACCACUUUCCUGGCCAACAAUGCUUGCCUGGCUGCUUGUCAUAGUAUUUCCCUGGCCAACAAUGCUUGCCUGGCCCUGGCCACUUCCCAUACCGCUUCCCUGGCCCUGGCGGCUUCCCAUACCGCUUCCCUGGCCCUGGCCGCUUCCCAUAGUACUUUCCAGGCCAACAAUGCUUUCCUGGCCUUGGCCGCUUCCCACAAUAUUUCCCUGGCCAACAAUCCUUGCCUGGCCCCUUUCCAUAGUAUUUCUAUGGCCAACAAUGAUUCCCAGGCCCUUACUUUCCUUGCCAACAAUGCUUGCCUGGCCCUGGCCACUUCCCUGGCCAACACCGCUUCCCAUACCGCUUCCUUGGCCCAGGCCGCUUCCCACAAUAUUUCCCUGGCCAACAAUGCUUCCCUGGCCACUUCCUAUACCACUUCCCAAGCCCUGGCCGCUUCCUAUACCGCUUCCCUGGCCCUGGACGCUUUCCAUAGUACUUUCCUUGCCAACAAUGCUUGCCUGGCCCUGGCCACUUCCCUGGCCAACACCGCUUCCCAUACCGCUUCCUUGGCCCAGGCCGCUUCCCACAAUAUUUCCCUGGCCAACAAUGCUUCCCUGGCCACUUCCUAUACCACUUCCCAGGCCCUGGCCGCUUCCCUGGCCCUGGACGCUUUCCAUAGUACUUUCCUUGCCAACAAUGCUUGCGUGGCCCUGGCCACUUCCCUGGCCAACACCACUUCCCAUACCGCUUCCUUGGCCCAGGCCGCUUCCCACAAUAUUUCCCUGGCCAACAAUGCUUGCCUGGCUGCUUGUCAUAGUAUUUGCCUGGCCAACAGUGCUUGUCUGGCCCUGGCCGUUUCCCUGCCCCUUGCCACUUCCCUGGCCAACACCGCUUCCCAGGCCAACAAUGCUUCCCAUACCGCUUCCCUGGCCCAGGCCACUUUCCAUAGUAUUUCCCUGGCCAGCAAUGCUUGCCUGGCCCUGGCCGCUUCCCAUAGUACUUUCCAGGCCAACAAUGCUUGCCUGGCCCCUUUCCAUAGUAUUUCCAUGGCCAACCAUGAUUCCCAGGCCCUUGCUUGUCUGGCCCUGGCCGUUUCCCUGCCCCUUGCCACUUCCCUGGCCAACACCGCUUCCCAGGCCAACAAUGCUUCCCAUACCGCUUCCCUGGCCCACAAUGCUUCCCAUACCGCUUCCCUGGCCCAGGCCACUUUCCAUAGUAUUUCCCUGGCCAACAACACUUGCCUGGCCAUCAAUGCUUCCCUGGCCUCUUCCAAUACCACUUCCCUGGCCAACAAUGCUUUCCAUACCACUUCCCCGGCCCUGGCCACUUCCCUGGCCAAUAAUGCCUGCCAGGACCUGGCCGUUUGCCGUAGUUUUUCCCUGGCCAACAAUGCCUGCCUGGCCCUGACCACUUGCCAUAGUAUUUCCCUGGCCAGCAAUGCUUGCCUGGCCGCUUGCCAUAGUAUUUCCAUGGCCAACAACGCUUCCCAGGCCCUGUCCGCUUCCCUGGCCACUUUCCAUAGUAUUUCCCUGGCAAACAAUGCUUCCCUGGCUUGCCAUAGUAUUUCCCUGGCCAGCAAUGCUUCCCUGGCCAGCAAUGCUUGCCAGGCCCUGGCCGCUCGCCAUAGUAUUUCCCUGGCCGUGGCCGCUAGCCACUCCGCUUCCCUGGCCGUGGCCGCUUGCCACUCCGCUUCCCUGGCCGUGGCCGCUUGCCACUCCGCUUCCCUGGCCGUGGCCGCUUGCCACUCCGCUUCCCUGGCCGUGGCCGCUUGCCACUCCGCUUCCCUGGCCGUGGCCGCUUGCCACUCCGCUUCCCUGGCCGUGGCCGCUUGCCACUCCGCUUCCCUGGCCGUGGCCGCUUGCCUGGAACUGGCUGCUUUCUAUAUAAUUUCCCUCGCCAGCAAUGCUUUCCAGGCCCUGGCCACUUCCCAUGCCGCUUCCCUGGCCCUUACUUUCCUGGCCAACAAUGCUUGCCUGGCCUUGGCCGCUUCCCACAAUAUUUCCCUGGCCAACAAUGCCUACCUGGCCCUGGCCGCUUGCCAUAGUAUUUCCCUGGCUAGCAAUGCUUCCCUGGCCAGCAAUGCUUGCCAGGCCCUGGCCGCUUGCCAUAGUAUUUCCCUGGCCAACAAUGCCUGCCUGUCCCUGGCUGCUCGCCAUAGUAUUUCCCUGGCCAGCAAUGCUUCCCUGGCCCUGGCCGCUUGCCAUACCACUACCCUGGCCGCUUCCCUGGAACUGGCUGCUUUCUAUAUCAUUUCCCUGACCAGCAAUGCUUCCCAGGCCCUGGCCGCUUGCCAUAGUAUUACCCUGGCCAGCAAUGCUUCCCAGGCCCUGGCCGCUUGCCAUAGUAUUACCCUGGCCAGCAAUGCUUCCAAGGCCCUGGCCGCUUGCCAUAGUAUUUCCUUGGCCAGCAAUGCUUCCCUGGCUGCUUGCCAUAGUAUUUCCCUGGCCAGCAAUGCUUCCCUGGCCCUGGCCCUGGCCGCUUCCCACUCCGCUUCCCACACCACUUCCCUGGCCAAUAACGCUUGCCUGGAACUGGCUGCUUUCUAUAUAAUUUCCCUGACCAUCAAUGCUUCCCAGACCCUGGCCGCUUCCCAAUCCAUUUCCAUGGCCCUGGCCGCUUCCCAUGCCGCUUCCCUGGCCCUGGCCGCUCGCCAUAGUAUUUCCCUGGCCAGCAAUGCUUCCCUGGCCAACAAUGCCUGCCUGGCCCUGGCCGCUCGCCAUAGUAUUUCCCUGGCCAGCAAUGCUUGCCUGGCCGCUUACCAUAGUAUUUCCCUGGCCAGCAAUGCUUCCCUGGCCGUGGCCGCUUGCCACUCCGCUUCCCUGGCCCUGGCCACUUGCCUGGCCGUGGCCGCUUCCCACACCACUUCCCUGGCCAAUAAUGCUUGCCUGGAACUGGCUGCUUUCUAUAUAAUUUCCCUGACCAGCAAUGCUUCCCAGGCCCUGGCCGCUUCCCAAUCCAUUUCCAUGGCCCUGGCCCUGGCCGCUUCCCACUCCGCUUCCCACACCACUUCCCUGGCCAAUAACGCUUGCCUGGAACUGGCUGCUUUCUAUAUAAUUUCCCUGACCAUCAAUGCUUCCCAGACCCUGGCCGCUUCCCAAUCCAUUUCCAUGGCCCUGGCCGCUUCCCAUGCCGCUUCCCUGGCCCUGGCCGCUCGCCAUAGUAUUUCCCUGGCCAGCAAUGCUUCCCUGGCCAACAAUGCCUGCCUGGCCCUGGCCGCUCGCCAUAGUAUUUCCCUGGCCAGCAAUGCUUGCCUGGCCGCUUACCAUAGUAUUUCCCUGGCCAGCAAUGCUUCCCUGGCCGUGGCCGCUUGCCACUCCGCUUCCCUGGCCCUGGCCACUUGCCUGGCCGUGGCCGCUUCCCACACCACUUCCCUGGCCAAUAAUGCUUGCCUGGAACUGGCUGCUUUCUAUAUAAUUUCCCUGACCAGCAAUGCUUCCCAGGCCCUGGCCGCUUCCCAAUCCAUUUCCAUGGCCCUGUAUUUCCCUGGCCAGCAAUGCUUCCCUGGCCCUGGCCGCUUGCCAUACCACUUCCCUGGCUGCUUCUCUGGAACUGGCUGCUUUCUAUAUCCUUUCCCUCGCCAGCAAUGCUUCCCUGGCCCUGGCCGCUUCCCAUACAAUGCUUGCCUGGCCUUGGCCGCUUCCCACAAUAUUUCCCUGGCCAAUAACACUUGCCUGGCCCUGGCCGCUUGCCAUAGUAUUUCCCUGGCCAGCAAUGCCUGCCUGGCCGCUUGCCAUAGUAUUUCCCUGGCCAGCAAUGCUUCCCUGGCCCUGGCCCUGGCCCUGGCCGCUCCCCACUCCGCUUACCAGGCCGCUUCCCUGGCCAAUAAAGCUUGCCUGGAACUGGCCGCUUUCUAUAUCAUUUCCCUGGCCAGCAAUGCUUCCCUGGCCCUGGCCCUGGCCGCUCCCCACUCCGCUUCCCACUCCGCUUCCCUGGCCCUGGCCCUGGCCGCUUCCCACUCCGCUUACCAGGCCGCUUCCCUGGCCAAUAAAGCUUGCCUGGAACUGGCCGCUUUCUAUAUCAUUUCCCUGGCCAGCAAUGCUUCCCAGGCCCUGGCCGCUUGCCAUAGUAUGUCCCUGGCCAGCAAUGCUUCCCAGGCCCUGGCCGCUUGCCAUAGUAUUACCCUGGCCAGCAAUGCUUCCCAGGCCCUGGCCACUUCCCAUAGUAUUUCCCUGGCCAACAAUGCCUGCCUGGCCCUGGCCGCUUGCCAUAGUAUUUCCCUGGCCAGCAAUGCCUGCCUGGCCGCUUGCCAUAGUAUUUCCCUGGCCAGCAAUGCUUCCCUGGCCCUGGCCCUGGCCCUGGCCGCUCCCCACUCCGCUUACCAGGCCGCUUCCCUGGCCAAUAAAGCUUGCCUGGAACUGGCCGCUUUCUAUAUCAUUUCCCUGGCCAGCAAUGCUUCCCUGGCCCUGGCCCUGGCCGCUCCCCACUCCGCUUCCCACUCCGCUUCCCUGGCCCUGGCCCUGGCCGCUUCCCACUCCGCUUACCAGGCCGCUUCCCUGGCCAAUAAAGCUUGCCUGGAACUGGCCGCUUUCUAUAUCAUUUCCCUGGCCAGCAAUGCUUCCCAGGCCCUGGCCGCUUGCCAUAGUAUGUCCCUGGCCAGCAAUGCUUCCCAGGCCCUGGCCGCUUGCCAUAGUAUUACCCUGGCCAGCAAUGCUUCCCAGGCCCUGGCCACUUCCCAUAGUAUUUCCCUGGCCAACAAUGCCUGCCUGGCCCUGGCCGCUCACCAUAGUAUUUCCCUGGCCAGCAAAGCUUGCCUGGCCGCUUGCCAUAGUAUUUUCCUGGCCAGCAAUGCUUCCCUGGCCCUGGCCGCUUCCCAGUCCACUUCCCUGGCCCUGGCCGCUUCCCAGUCCACUUCCCUGGCCAAUAAUGUUUGCCUGGAACUGGCGGCUAUCUAUAUAAUUUCCCUGGCCAGCAAUGCCUGCCUGGCCCUGGCCGCUUGCCACAGUACUUACCUGGCCAGCAAUGCCUGCUUGGCCCUGGCCGCUUGCCACAGUAUUUCCCUGGCUGGCAAUGCCUGCCUGGCCGCUUCCCACAAUAUUUCCCUGGCUGGCAAUGCCUGCCUGGCCGCUUCCCACAAUAUUUCCCUGGCUGGCAAUGCCUGCCUGGCCGCUUCCCACAAUAUUUCCCUGGCCAACACCGCUUCCCAUACCACUUCCCUGGCCCUGGCUGCUUUCCACUCCGCUUCCCUGGCCCUGGCCGCUUCCCACACCGCUUCCCUGGCCAAUAACGCUUGCCUGGAACUGGCCGCUUGCCACAGUAUUUCCCUGGCCAGCAAUGCCUGCCUGGCCCUGGCCGCUUGCCACAGUAUUUCCCUGGCCCUGGACCUGGCCGCUUGCCACUCUGCUUCCCUGGCCCUGGCCGCUUCCCUGGCCAACAACCCUUGCCAGGACCUGGUUACUUCCUUGGCCAAGACUGCUUUCCACAGUAUUUCCCUGGCCAGCAAUGCUUGCCUGGCCCUGUCCGCUUCCCUGGCCACUUCCCAUACUGCUUCCCUGGCCAACACCACUUCCCAUACCACUUCCCUGGCCAAGACUGCUUCCCACAAUAUUUCCCUGGCCAAAAAUGCUUGCCUGGCCCUGGCCACUUCCCAUACCGCUUCCCUGUCCCUGGCCGCUUCCCAUUUUGCUUCCUUGGCCCUGGCUGCGUCCCGAAGCAUUUCCCUGGCCAACAAUGCUUGCCUGGCCCUGGCCACUUCUCUGGUCCUUGCCGCUUCCCUGGCCCACAACACUAACCAUGCCACUUCCCAUACCGCUUCCCUGGCCCAUGCCGCUCCCCUGGCCGCUUCCCUGGCCAAUAACCCUUCCCUUACCAAGGCCAGGACCGCUUCCCAUGACACUUCCCUGGCCAAGACCACUUCCCACGCCCUGGCCGCUUCCCAGGCCAAGUCUGCUUCCCAUAGUACCUCCCUGGCCAAGACCGCUUCCGAUUCCACUCCCCAGUCCAAGUCCGCUUCCCUGGCCAAGACCGCUUCCCAUACCACCUCCCUGGCCAAGACCGCUUCCUAUACCGCCUCCUUGGCCUGGACCGCCUCCCUGUCCAAGACCACUUUCCUGACCAAAACCAAGACUGCCUCCCUGGCCAAGACCGCUUCCCAUACCGCCUCCCUGUCCAAGACCACUUCCCUGACCAAAACCAAGACCGCCUCCCUGUCCAAGACCGCCUCCCAUACCACCUCCCUGGCCCUGGCCGCUUACCCCUCCGCUUCCCUGGCCCUGGCCGCUUGCCACACCGCUUCCCUGGCCAAUAACGCUUGCCUGGAACUGGCCGCUUGCCACAGUAUUUCCCUGGCCAGCAAUGCCUGCCUGGCCCUGGCCGCUUGCCACAGUAUUUCCCUGGCCCUGGACCUGGCCGCUUGCCACUCUGCUUCCCUGGCCCUGGCCGCUUCCCUGGCCAACAACCCUUGCCAGGACCUGGUUACUUCCUUGGCCAAGACUGCUUUCCACAGUAUUUCCCUGGCCAGCAAUGCUUGCCUGGCCCUGUCCGCUUCCCUGGCCACUUCCCAUACUGCUUCCCUGGCCAACACCACUUCCCAUACCACUUCCCUGGCCAAGACUGCUUCCCACAAUAUUUCCCUGGCCAAAAAUGCUUGCCUGGCCCUGGCCACUUCCCAUACCGCUUCCCUGUCCCUGGCCGCUUCCCAUUUUGCUUCCUUGGCCCUGGCUGCGUCCCGAAGCAUUUCCCUGGCCAACAAUGCUUGCCUGGCCCUGGCCACUUCUCUGGUCCUUGCCGCUUCCCUGGCCCACAACACUAACCAUGCCACUUCCCAUACCGCUUCCCUGGCCCAUGCCGCUCCCCUGGCCGCUUCCCUGGCCAAUAACCCUUCCCUUACCAAGGCCAGGACCGCUUCCCAUGACACUUCCCUGGCCAAGACCACUUCCCACGCCCUGGCCGCUUCCCAGGCCAAGUCUGCUUCCCAUAGUACCUCCCUGGCCAAGACCGCUUCCGAUUCCACUCCCCAGUCCAAGUCCGCUUCCCUGGCCAAGACCGCUUCCCAUACCACCUCCCUGGCCAAGACCGCUUCCUAUACCGCCUCCUUGGCCUGGACCGCCUCCCUGUCCAAGACCACUUUCCUGACCAAAACCAAGACUGCCUCCCUGGCCAAGACCGCUUCCCAUACCGCCUCCCUGUCCAAGACCACUUCCCUGACCAAAACCAAGACCGCCUCCCUGUCCAAGACCGCCUCCCAUACCACCUCCCUGGCCCUGGCCGCUUACCCCUCCGCUUCCCUGGCCCUGGCCGCUUGCCACAGUAUUUCCCUGGCCUUGGCCCUGGCCGCUUGCCACAGUAUUUCCCUGGCCUUGGCCCUGGCCGCUUGCCACAGUAUUUCCCUGGCCUUGGCCCUGGCCGCUUGCCACAGUAUUUCCCUGGCCUUGGCCCUGGCCGCUUGCCACAGUAUUUCCCUGGCCUUGGCCCUGGCCGCUUGCCACAGUAUUUCCCUGGCCUUGGCCCCGGCCGCUUCCCUGGCCAACAACACUUGCCAGGACCUGGUUACUUCCUUGGCCAAGACUGCUUCCCUGGCCCAUGCUGCUUCCUUGGCCAAGACCACUUUCCACAGUAUUUCCCUGGCCAGCAAUGCUUGCCUGGCCCUGUCCGCUUCCCUGGCUACUUCCCAUAAUGCUUCCCUGGCCAACACCACUUCCCAUACCACUUCCCUGGCCAAGACUGCUUCCCACAAUAUUUCCCUGGCCAAAAACGCUUGCCCGGCCCUGGCCACUUCCCAUACCGCUUCCUUGUCCCUGGCCGCUUCCCAUUUUGCUUCCUUGGGCCUGGCUGCGUCCCGAAGCAUUUCCCUGGCCAACAAUGCUUGCCUGGCCCUGGCCACUUCUCUGGUCCUUGCCACUUCCCUGGCCCACAACGCUAAACAUGCCACUUCCCAUACCGCUUCCCUGGCCCUGGCUGCUUCCCUGACCAACAACCCUUCCCUGGCCGCUUCCCUGUCCAAAACCACUUCCCUGACAAAAACCAAGACUGCCUCCCUGGCCAAGACCGCCUCCCUGUCCACGACCGCUUCCCAGACCGCCUCCCUGGCCAAGUCCGCUUCCCUGGCCAAGACCGCCUCCCUGGCCAAGUCCGCUUCCGAUACCGCCUCCCUGUCCAAGACCGCCUCCCUGGCCAAGACCGCUUCCCAGACCGCCUCCCUGGCCAAGACCGCCUCCCUGGCCAAGACCGCCUCCCUGGCCAAGACCGCUUCCCAGACCGCCUCCCUGGCCAAGACCGCCUCCCUGGCCAAGACCGCCUCCCUGGCCAAGACCGCCUCCCUGGCCAAGACCGCCUCCCUGGCCAAGACCGCCUCCCUGGCCAAGACCGCUUCCCAGACCGCCUCCCUGGCCAAGACCGCCUCCCUGGCCAAGACCGCCUCCCUGGCCAAGACCCUGCCAACCUCCCUGGCCAAGACCGCUUCCCAGACCGCCUCCCUGGCCAAGACCGCCUCCCUGGCCAAGACCGCCUCCCUGGCCAAGACCGCUUCCGAUACCGCCUCCCUGGCCAAGACCGCCUCCCUGGCCAAGACCGCCUCCCUGGCCAAGACCGCCUCCCUGGCCAAGACCGCCUCCCUGGCCAAGACCGCCUCCCUGGCCAAGACCGCCUCCCUGGCCAAGACCGCCUCCCUGGCCAAGACCGCCUCCCUGGCCAAGACCGCCUCCCUGGCCAAGACCGCCUCCCUGGCCAAGACCGCCUCCCUGGCCAAGACCGCCUCCCUGGCCAAGUCCGCCUCCCAGACCGCCUCCCUGGCCAAGUCCGCCUCCCAGACCGCCUCCCUGGCCAAGUCCGCCUCCCAGACCGCCUCCCUGGCCAAGACCGCCUCCCAGACCGCCUCCCUGGCCAAGACCGCCUCCCAGACCGCCUCCCUGGCCAAGUCCGCUUCCCAGACCGCCUCCCUGGCCAAGUCCGCUUCCCAGACCGCCUCCCUGGCCAAGUCCGCUUCCCAGACCGCCUCCCUGGCCAAGUCCGCUUCCCAGACCGCCUCCCUGUCCAAGACCGCCUCCCUGGCCAAGUCCGCUUCCCAGACCGCCUCCCUGGCCAAGACCGCCUCCCUGGCCAAGACCGCCUCCCUGGCCAAGACCGCCUCCCUGGCCAAGACCGCCUCCCUGGCCAAGACCGCCUCCCUGGCCAAGACCGCCUCCCUGGCCAAGUCCGCUUCCCAGACCGCCUCCCUGGCCAAAACCGCCUCCCUGUCCAAGACCGCCUCCCAGACCGCCUCCCUGGCCAAGUCCGCUUCCCAGACCGCCUCCCUGGCCAAGUCCGCUUCCCAGACCGCCUCCCUGGCCAAGUCCGCCUCCCUGGCCAAGUCCACUUCCCAGACCGCCUCCCUGGCCAAGACCGCCUCCCUGUCCAAGACCGCCUCCCAGACCGCCUCCCUGUCCAAGUCCGCCUCCCUGGCCAAGUCCGCUUCCCAGACCGCCUCCCUGUCCAAGACCGCCUCCCUGGCCAAGUCCGCUUCCCAGACCGCCUCCCUGGCCAAGUCCGCUUCCCAGACCGCCUCCCUGGCCAAGUCCGCUUCCCAGACCGCCUCCCUGGCCAAGUCCGCUUCCCAGACCGCCUCCCUGGCCAAGACCGCCUCCCUGUCCAAGACCGCUUCCCAGACCGCCUCCCUGGCCAAGUCCGCUUCCCAGACCGCCUCCCUGGCCAAGUCCGCUUCCCAGACCGCCUCCCUGGCCAAGACGGCCUCCCUGUCCAAGACUGCCUCCCUGUCCAAGACCGCUUCCCAGACCGCCUCCCUGGCCAAGACCGCCUCCCUGUCCAAGACCGCUUCCCAGACCACCUCCCUGGCCAAGUCCGCUUCCCAUACCGCCUCCCUGGCCAAGACCGCCUCCCUGUCCAAGACCGCUUCCCAGACC